CAACAAUUAAAACAACAAUACCCUGAUAUACGUGUUUGUCAAGCAACUGCUUCGACUUUUGCUAAAAUUUUAUCUAUAUUUGCUUGUAUUGUUGAAGAUACAAUUCCAUCAAUUCCACAAACAUCAAAAAUAAAUUUUCCACCUAUUCUUGGAUCACCUCAACAAAUAAAAAAAUGUUUUGAAAGUAGCACAAAUGAUUCAAAGAAUGGAAAAGAUUCAAAUAAUAUUGAUAAUACAAAUUCAAUGACAUCAAGUAAAGAUUCAUCAACAACAUCAAAUAUAGACAAAGAUAGAAAAGUUAAUCGUACACAAUUAGGUGCUUUUGGACAUAAUCCAUCAAUGAUGAAAUUAUUCGAAUUACUACGUUCAUCAUAUCACAUACAUUAA